AAUCAAAUAAACGUUUUUUUGUUUCAUUCCAUGUUUGACGUGUGCAUCGUAAAAGACAAGUUAAAGGACAACUGGCCUUGUCGUUGUUAUUGUCGUUGAAGGACAGAAUUGGAGCAAGGCUACAAGUGCAAGCGAUUCAAAUCGUUCAGCCCUGGUAUUUCAUCGUGCGUGUAGCAGCGUGUAAUUUAAGAUACAAUGGAAAAUUUGUCGGACGGAGCGCCUAAGAAAGAAGACCCACCUCCAGAAGAUGAAACGAAUGAAAAAGAUGACAACCUUUUGAGUUUUGCUAAAGGCGGGAAUGAUGUGGAAGAACCAUAUUCAGAUGAUAAGAAAGAUGCACAGGAGUCUAAAAAUGAAUGUCUUGAAGUCGAGCUUACAACUCAUCUUUUCCGUCCAGAAGCUCUCGUAUCAAACGAAGCUUAUGUUUAUCAACCUGAUUUUGCAACAGUUAUAAAUUGCUCUCUUGGAGCUACUCCUGGUCAAGAAGAGCCAUUACUACCGGCAGACUGCGUCGAGUUUGUUUCACAGCAAGAACUUACUCCGUUGUUUGAAAAGGAAAGAGUCACCGAACAAGAAGUAUACAUCCUGGGAGAAAUUCAAAGCCCCUCUUCGAAGUUAAAUGUGACCUUACCAAAAAAGAGGAUACCAAAUUCAGACGAAAGAUAUAUAAAUACACAAAUUCGUGAUGCAGAAAAGCAGUAUUUAAUGGGCUGUACAAUGGGUAUAGUAGACGAGAUAUUUAAGAUCAGGUGCUGUAACAUUGCGACAGCAAUAUAUCUUGACGAUGCUCACAACUUAAGGAUUUUCCUUCAAAAAGACACCACAGACGGCAUGAAGCAAACUUUAGAAGAAAAAACGCCCAAGAAGAUAAAGGAAUCACAGUUCCGAAUCGAGGAAAUUCAACGUCGUAUACUAGAAGCUGUUGAACUGAACAGUUUGAGUUGUUUACAUGUGCUUUCUGAGAUUUAUGAGAAGCAUCCCAUAACAAGGAAGGAAGAUAUUCAUCUGUUUCACCGCCGCUAUGGUUUACCUUUCUGGCCAUUGAGCGAACGACCAAAAGAGACUGCUCUUCACCUUAUUGCAAACAAAAAUUCUUCAAUCAAAGCGAUGGAGGUUUUACAAGAGCGACCGAAAUUCCUGGACGAUUUUUCAGACAUUCCGGACAGUCAUGGGUCAUCACCACUUCUUUUGGCGAUAAAGCGUAACAAUAUGGAGGUGGUUAAGCGAUUGCUUGAUAGGAAACCAGACGUGAACAAGCGAAAUAAACAUAAUGAAACGCCAAUUCAUGUAGCGGCCUUAAAUGACCAUGCGGAUGUUAUAGAAGAAAUGCUAAAGAAAUAUCCUGAAACUGAACUUCUUGAGGUCAUGAAAAACAUUGAUGGAAAGGGCCAUUCUAUUCUUUAUCCUGCAUCUCAAAGUGGAAAACCAAAUGUUCUUAACCUCAUUAUGGAGCAACGUUGGUGGCAGCAAUGUUUCGACCAGGAGAGUAAGAAAAAUGGAGAAUGGGAGUCGUUCUUUAGCAAUGUUUGCGCUUCAGGAUGUGAUGAACUGGCAAAAAAAUGUUUAGAACAGAAUAAGGAUAGACAUAAAGGUGCAGAUUUAGUCACACCUCUUAUAAGAGCGGUCAAAGCAAACCAAGGUGAAAUUGUCAAACUGAUUUUGGAUCCUAAACGUAACGAUGACCUCUUUACGACUCGUGACGAACAUGGUAAAAAUGUCUUCCACUACGCUGUGAAGAACCCUUCUAUUCUAUGUUAUCUUCUUGGAAAGUUGGAAAGCCUCGGAAAGAAUACCGAGGUUAUUAAUGUAAAGGACGAGUGGGAAAAUACACCAAUAAAGCUUGCAGCAGUUGGGAAAUAUGAGCAGAGCUUCGAAAUGCUCUUAGAACACACUACAAAUGAAGCUGAUCUAUUCGCUGCCCAUCUGAUUGACAGUGUGGAUAUAGAGAUUCUAAAGUUGGGUCUUCUCGUCUGGAGAGAAAAGGAUCGCAACGCAGUAGCUUCUCUGCUGAAUGGUGAUCACGAGAAACAUCAGCCUUUCUUAGAGGCCGCUAGAAAAGGAAACGUCAAGUUAAUGGAGUUUUUCUUGGAACAAGAAGCAAAUCAUUUACAAAGAACUCCAGAAGAUCAAACUGUUCUUCAUUAUGCUGUGCUUUCCGGGGAGCUUGCUGUCGUGGAAUUUCUGCUGGAAAAAAAUGAGUUCCUGGAAAUGAUCGAUUUCACGGAUGAGAUAAACAUUAGUGCAGCUGGUUAUGCCACAAAGCUCGGAAAGGCGGAGAUACUAAGAUACCUGUUGGAGAAAGGUGCGCAAAUGAAAAGCGACACGAAGACGGCCAGACUCAACAUCUUGGAUUGUGCGUAUGGACAUUUUGAAACUGCCGAGCAAUCUAUCAAAGAAAUUAUCGAGUUUUGUACAACACAAAAAAAAAUGAAACAUAAAAAAACACAAUUACUUAAAGAGUUGUUUGAAGACUCGUAUUUUGGUGCUGAUUGUAUUAUGGCACAACUGAUUAAAAAAACAGCCGACGUCGCAAUUGAUGAUUUUUGACCUGUGUGUUGAUGAACAAAAAUAUCAUACCCACCGUUCUUAUGGCGAAAUGAAAGUGGAAAGAAAAAUGAUAUAUUUGUUCUUUCCAUUCAAACAGAAAAAUCCUGAAGACAAAGCGGAUGGCAAGCUUGAAGCAAUUGAAAGUAUGGUCAACAACAAAAGAGACGACUGUUUGGGCCAUCCACUAGUUU